AUAUAAUGCCACAUGACCGUUACAAAAACUGCUGAGAAGUCCAGACAGUUAGGCAGACAUAGUGGAAAGCUGAAGCAAUUUGGCUAUGAAACUGAGACUGACGUUGAGGGCUAAUACCAGACGCCUUCGCUCCCUUCCUCUGUUCGAUCAUCGCCCAUUGCUCUUCCUAGAUUCUCGAACCCCGGCAACCUCGAACCCUCCUAGCUUGGAGCUCGAUGGAGUUCGGCAUCGGUGCUGUCGCUCUCCCCUUGUUCGCCGCCCGAGGCCGGAGACGGCGGCGGCAGCGGAGGCAUUCCACGCCGAUGCGAUCAAGAAAGGGUCCAUGCGGAAUGCGAGCGUGGGCAACUACGUUCUGGCUAUUUACGCGAAAACCCGAAAGUUGGGCGAUGCCCGGAAGCUGUUCGAUGUGUUGCCCGAACGAGACGUCCGGGCUUGGACGAUUCUUCUGUCCGGUUUUGCACGCGAUGGGUCUUGUGGAAUGGUUUUGGAUCUUUUCGGGGCUAUGGUGAUUGAGGGUGUUUGUCCGAAUCGCUUUACUUUGUCAAGUGUCUUGAAGUGUUGUUCCAGCUUGAAUGAGCUGAAACUGGGCAAAGUUGUUCAUGGGUGGAUCGUCAGAAACCAAAUUCAUGUUGAUGCCGUGUUGGAAAACUCUGUUCUUGAUGUUUACGCGAAAUGCGGGGAUGUUGUUGUUGCGGAGAGGUUGUUUGAUUUGAUGAGAGAGAAGAAUACCAUUUCUUGGAAUGUAAUGAUUGGUGCAUACCUACGUGGUGGAGAUACACAGAAAUCGUUUGAUCUGUUUCAAAGGAUGCCAUACAAAGAUGUUGCUAGUUGGAAUACGAUUAUAGAUGGGCUUAUGCAAAAUGGAUUGGAAAGAAGGGCACUGGAGCUGCUUUAUGAGAUGAACGGAAAAGGACCAGUGUUUAACGAGGUGACCUUUUCCAUAGCUCUGGGUUUGGCCUCUUUUUUGUCUCUUUUGGAUGUUGGAAGGCAAGUUCAUGGGAUAGUUAUUAGAUUGGGAAUCAACAGCAAUGAAUUUAUCAGGACUUCUCUCAUAGAUAUGUAUUGCAAAUGUGGAGAAACUGAAAAGGCUUCAAUAGUAUUUCAUUGUUGGCCUUUAAUGUUUAUGAGCACAAAGAACUGCGAGAUAGCUUACAAGGAUGCAUAUGCAUGCAGUUCAUUGGUUUCUGGGUAUGUGAAGAAUGGUAACUAUGAAAACACCUUUGAAGUAUUUAGCACGAUGGUCCGAAAAUGUAUGAAGGUGGACAAAUAUACCAUUACAAGCAUUAUUUCAGCAUGUGCAAAUGUUGGUAUAUUAGAACUUGGUCAAAAGAUCCAUGCCUACGUCCUGAAAGUUGGGUAUUACGUGGAUGUUCACCUUUCGUCCUCAUUGAUUGAUAUGUAUUCCAAAUGUGGGAGCCUCAAUGAUGCCCUGUCAGUAUUCGAGCAGAGUCAAGACUCGAAUGUUGUGUUAUGGACUACAAUGAUAUUCAGCUUUGCUUUGCAUGGGAGAGGUAAGGAGGCUGUUCGGCUUGUUGAGUGUAUGAUAAAUGAGGGAACUAUACCAAAUGAGAUCACUUUUGUUGGUAUAUUAACUGCUUGCAGCCAUGCAGGACUGCUUGAAGAGGGUCGUGAACAUUUCAGGCUCAUGAAAGAUGUAUAUGGAAUCAAACCUGGAAUAGAACACUAUGCUUGCAUGGUGGAUCUUUAUGGGCGAAGCGGUUUGUUGAAUGAGGCUAAGGAUUUCAUUUAUAGCAAUGGCAUAUCUGACCAAAUUGCAAUUUGGAAGUCAGUUCUAUCUUCCUGUCAACUCUACAAAAGAGUUGAUAUGGGGAAGUGGGUUUCUGAAAAACUAAUCCAACUCAAUUCAUGUGAUCAGGAACCUUAUGUUUUGUUGUCAAACAUGUACGCCACUGAUCAAAAAUGGGAGCAGGCUGCUCUAGUUAGAAAUCAAAUGGAAAAGGGAGGGCUUAAAAAGCACCCUGGACAAUCAUGGAUCCAAGUGAAUGGUCAGGUGCAUGCAUUUAUAAUGGGAGACCAUUUGCACCCACAAGCUGCUGAAGUACAUUCGUACUUGGGAAAACUAAUUGGAUAACUAAAGGAAAUUGGAGAUUCUCUGAAUGUGAAGUCGGCAAUCUAGGAUGUAGAAGAAGAGAGAGAAUAAUCUUGUUUCACAGUGAGGAGAAAAGAACCUUCCUUUCAUGUUUGGAAUUUGUGUUGACUGUCAAAACUUCGCCAAGUUUGCUUCCCAACUCUUAGAUAGGGAAACAGUCAUUGGAAUACAUCAAUUCCAUUAUUUUAAGAGUGGCAAAUGGUCCUGUGGUGAAUUUUGGUGAAAGCAACUUCAGAAAAAACAUGUCAUGUAGUUUGUUUCAGUGGGGUUUGGAACUUUCAGUAAGUGGGAGACAAGCAAUCUAUGCAUACCCAUGAAAAGCAGCUCCGCAAAUAAAGCGUGUGGUUAAUCUUGGACUUGUUAAGGCUGAAAAAAGACUAGUUCCUCAAGCUUCAGCAUCCAGCUAUCAUCGGUAUCCAAAUUGUAUAAUCCAGACAAGAGUGCAGGAUAAGCCAGAGCAAUUCCAAGUUUUUCCUUCCUCGUUAUACCCUGUAUUUACCAAUCAAAUGAAGAAAGUUCACCCUAUGCUUGGGCUGUUUACUUUUUUAUAAGCAAGAAGAGAAAAUCAACGAUAACUGUGGCCAAGUCUUGCAAUCAAUCAACAAUAAACUCUUAGAGGAUGUUGAAGCAUGUAGAGGAGUUGUCGUAGCAUAAGCUUUGAGUAUGUCAUCUAUUUCCUUCUAAUGAAGCAGAAUACACAGUUAUUUGAACCUUUUUCGUUUGCUAGUUCUUCAAUGUUCUAGAUCUUGGAUGUGUUUUUUCUUCCUGAAAGAGCUACAUAGAUUGUGUUCAUGAGAAACUAUAGAUGUCACAGUUAAAUUGAUGCUUGCAACACCAGUCAUUUAUUUAAAUGUGCUUAUAUAACAAGAAGAUUGAUUCAA